AACGGUUGCCUGCCGUUGUCCCUGGUGGAACGACAUCCGGGUAUGAGAAGUGAACGAGAAAAGGCAUAGAGGAAUGAUGAGAAGGAGGUUUAUUUUGAGAGUGGAUCCGACCGCCCUGGCCUACUCUCUAAGGAAUUACGUUACAUCGGAUCCAACGGUUGCCAGAUGGCUGACGUACAUCUGGACGUUCAAUUUUGAGUUGGAACGGAUUCCUGGCAGCAAGAACCGGGCGGACGGGCUGAGUCGGAUCAACUGGGAUAGACAGGAAGGGGAGGCGGUGGAGAAUACACCCCCAGUUGAUGGAUUUCUGGAYCAGGAAGAAGAUGUUCGUCUCCAUAUCAAUAAGUGGUCGCCGCGAGUGCCCAGCUGUGUAGGCUAUCCUAUCUGGCGAGCGCCGAAYGGAUAUGAGAGGAGGACCGAGCUAGUCCUCAAACCUUUUAAAGAAGAGGAUCCCUGGGGCGGUAAGGAUGUUCAGUGGAUGAUCGAUUUAGCGCUGACCAGCUCGCACAGUCUGGUGGAGGAUAUGAGGACGAUUGAGGAAGGACUUGGCCAGGUAGAACGGCAUGAGGACCUGAUGGGAGGAAUGUAUCUCCUCGUCAAUACGUUAUUGCAGGAAAGUCUAGACCAAUCAGGGUCGUUGAACCCGGCAGGGAAUGUGAACGAAGCGCCCGAGAGCCAGGACGACGAGUUCGGGGAAGGGGAAAUUAAGGAGACAUUUCGUGCAGAGGAGUACGACGGGAUCUACCUAGAGCUGGGGCUUCUUCUGUCAUGUGAGAUGCGGCUUAGGGAUGCAAGUGAUAGAGCUCAGAGGAUGAUACAGCGGUAUCUAGUGCGAGACGACCACCUUUUCGUGAGAAGAGAAGUGGGAAAUCCUAGGAGAGUCGUCUGCGGUAGGAAUCGUCAGAUCGAUGUCAUAGCUGCGCUUCAUGAUGGCAUUGCAGGAGGGCACCGAGGGAUACAAGCUACGUACGCCAAGAUAAGUGAGCUCUACUACUGGGAUGGAAUGAUGGAUAUGGUCGGGAAGUUCUGCCGAUCGUGCGUACCUUGCCAGGAAAGGUCCCGUUUAAGACAAGGAGAGCCGCUGCAUCCAAGGCUAGAGCGAGAGGUGGGGGUCGUAGUGCAUCUCGAUCUGUUUUUUAUGCCGUUUGGGGAUCAGGGCUAUAACUAUAUCUUCGAUGCGCGCGAUAACCUGUCUGGGUUCGUGGACGGGCGUGCUAUUCGCACGAAGACCGGGUGAGUCCUAGUGAAUUGCAUUGAGGAGUAUUACUUGCGCUAUCCUUUCGUCAGGGAAUUCGUAAUGGACAGGGGAUCGGAGUUUACUUGCCAGGAAGUGCAAGAACUUUUAUCCAGGUAUGGUGUGGCAGCCAACUACACUACGGCUGCGCACCCCCAGGCAAAUGUUCCCGUGGAGCGAGGACAUAGUACCAUUACGAGUCUCCUGGCUAAAUGGACGGAAGGUAGGCCUAAUCAAUAGCCAAGAUACCU